CGUGUACCACAAAGCAAUUAAUUGCUCCGUCAUUUCGGUGGAAAUCCAGUUGUCGACUAGACACAAAGUUUUUAGUUUCGGUGAAAAUUCACGAUCUAUUCACUUCAGCUUCCAAUUUUUUUUCUAUCAUUCCGAUCUAUGGAAUAACAGAUCGAACACGAAUGAAUUGGUAUGACCUUUUUCGUUGGAUCGAAUCCACCGACCGCAAUCGAAACUAGUUGGCCGUAAUGUUCCAUCGAUUCCAUUGUGGUCAAAUAUUUCGAAAUUUCAAGAGUCAUAAAUUCACACGUAUCAUCGAAAACUCAGAAUCACGCAUCGGAUGCCGAUUAAGAUUACGCGGCAUCGAACUAUGCUCUUGCUGUGUGCAUAACGAUAAGUAUUCACUACAAGUAGAUACCGAAGUAUUUCGGGAUCUCGUACGGCGAUUUCGAACGUUGAACCUUCCGUAAGACGGUGAAAAAAUAAAUAAAAGUGGCCGUAAUGGUAUAAAAUCAGAAGAUGCGUCACAUACAGCUUUCAAAUAAUUCCAUCGUAUAUCCUCCUCAGACCCCUACAACUUUGACCUGAACUGUUUCUCGAUGAGACGGAUGGUUUUCAAAAUAAUUGAAUCCCCUUUUCGAGACAAGACACCCUGUACUGUUCAGCAGUAAUGUUGCCCACUUUCUGCGUGGUCGAUCUAUUUUACCCGUGAGAUACUACCGAGUCUGCCAAUAUGAUAAAUUGAACGGUGUGGGAAAUUUGAGUGCGAUUAUCGUUGAUCGGCAUGUGAUAUAACAACUUAUGGUUCACGCAUUUCCUCAAGAAAACGUUAGAAUCAAACGUAAACGCUGGUUAGUUUCGACUUCUGUAGUAGAAACCUGGAUUGCCGUUUCAUCGGAAAAGUCGAGUGUAGCAAUAAAUUGUGUUAGAAUCCCAUACUAAACCCAAGGUAAAUGUUAUCAAGGUCAUAGGAAAUUAUCAUAUAAAACGAGUCGGUAAUUGCAGAGCGCUGUUAGUUUUCAGUCGCGAGUAAUAGUAUUGUUUGUACAAACUAUCGACAUAAUUAAAAACGAAGAAAACAAAGGAAGACAACAUGACUUCGAAUUCGGAAAGAGGGAAGUACAUGUCUCUGGCGGGUUCUUAUAUCGUCGAGUACGCUGUGACUUUUUCCUGUUUUAUGCUCAUAUUCGGCGUCGGUUGCGUAGUCGGAUUCAUUUCACCUGCGCUCAGCAUUCUGACCGCCUCAGAUAGCCCGAUCGCCAUCACGGCAAUCGACACUUCCAACCUGGCCGCUGUCAUCGGAAUAGGUCACAUGAUAGCUCCGUCACUGAUCGGACAUUUGAUCGAUGUACUCGGACGGAGGGGCUGUCUUCUGGGAACGGCUAUCAUCCUUACGAUCAGCUGGGGUCUCAACGCGAUCGCCGGCAAUGCCAUUGUCCUGCUCAUCGCGAGGGUUUUCGGCGGUCUGUCGAUCGUGCUCGGUAUGGGAUUGGUACCGCUCUACCUGGGCGAAAUAUCAUCGCCCGAAUUGAGAGGUGUUAUAGGAACAGUUACCGGGUCAGCGCUCAGCUGUGGUAUACUGUUCGCGUACGCCGUACUUCCGUAUAUCAAGAUUCGGAUGUUCUCUCUCCUGCUAUUGGGCAUCGCUGCCGCUUCGACGAUCGGGAUAUACUUUAUUCCCGAGUCUCCGUACUUCUUCGCCAUGAAAUGUAAAUUUCAAUUGGCCGAAGAGACGCUGGAAAAAUUCAAAGGAAAAAGCGACGUUACCCAAGAAUUAGAACUGAUCAAAGAGAGCGUCAAAAUACAGUGCGAACAAUUGGAAAAGCACGAGGAAUGGAAGGCUAAUGGGAAAAACGGAACCAAACCGAAGAAGUUCAGAGCGUUUAAGGAAACGAUCAGAGUACGGGGAUACCGCCGAGCACUGUUGAUAAAUGUCAUGUUCUCGGUGAUACUGCAGGCCGGUGGCUACUUUCCAUUGUUCACGUACGGAUCGACGAUAUUCACCGCUAUGAAGGUAGGCCCGGGAGAGUACGUUGCCUCUGUAACGAGCGCCGUUAUUCAGCUGUUCUUCAACAUCUUGACGAGCUUCUUUAUCAACAGACUCGGCCGGCGACCCCUCGUCUGUUUAUCGGGGGUGUUGGGCGGACUUUGCACACUGGGAAUCAGCGUUUAUUUUUACGUCGUGGAACACACGGACGUCAACGUCUCGGCGUAUUCCAACGUGGCCCUAUUCGUGGUGUAUCUGUACAUUGCGACGGUCAACUUUGGUAUGAUGCCUCUUCAGUUGGUCACAGUUUCCGAAACAAUAGCACCGGAAGUAAAGGCAAUGAUUAACAUGAUCGUUGGAAUAAUCGUCGGCCUAACCGCGACCGUUACCGCCAAGUUGUACAUAUUGACAGCGGUAUCCUGGGGCCUCGGUCACUGCGUACCAUUUUUGGGUUUCACUCUUACGACGUGGAUUUGUACCGCGGUGAUCCUGAAGAAUCUCCCCGAGACUAAAGGGAAAACAUUGUUAGAGAUACAGAGCGAUCUGCACGCGUGAGUUUGAAUAUCGUUCCUACGUACAAUCGUUAUCGAACGUCGCUUUGAAAAUUUCAAACCACCUUUGAGGUUUUAGUUUAUUUGCAUAAUGGAGACGAAAGAGUGGUUGUGUCAAACACAGGAGUUUGCUUUAUAUUUGUUUUGUGAUACCGCUAUAACGGAAGGAAUGAAACUAUAGAUAUUAUAGAUACGGAAAAGUAGAGGAUUACUGUAAAGCAAAGACAGAAAA